CGGAUAGUCCCCUUGAAACCGAAAGUGGACUGCUCGCGUCUCACCAGAAUUUGCAAAAGCGGAUCUCCUUCUUCUGGGAAAGUCGGGCUGUAGACGCCGCCACCAUGACGCUGCCCCCUGCCUUGUGGCAGGCUGCCUCCCUGCUCCUCUGUGAUGCUGUCCUGCUUGCCUUGCUGGGUGUGGGGUGGCUCUCUCUGACUGCCCUGGGGAUCCUAGGCGCUUGGCUGGAGGCAGGCCUGCGCCUGCUGGUUCUCUGGGGGGCCCGGUGGCUGCUCUCUCUGGCUUGGCCCUCCCGGAUUCCCCCUGCAGCAGUGGCCACCGGGAGUCUGCUGCCCCCUCUCUACCUCUCAAGCCAACACUUGAUGGGGAAUCCCCCUUUCCUGCUCUCUUCAGCCCCCUGGUCCUGGCUGCUGUGUGGGUACGGCGUGGUGGGUCUGUCCCACCUCAUCUGGGCAGGUCUGGGGCAUGGGGGCAGCACAGAGGGAGCAAAGGAAGAAGACAGGGCCACCUUCUGGAAGCUGAUGAGGCUCUUCCGCCCGGAUGCACCAUAUCUUGGUGGUGCCUUCGUGUUCCUCACUAUAGCAGUGAUUGGUGAAACAUUGCUCCCAUAUUACACAGGGCGCUUGAUUGACAUCUUAGGCACCAAAUAUGACUUGGAUGCCUUUACCUGGGCAAUCUUUCUUGUGUGUGUAGUGUCAGUUGGAGGUUCUUUCUCUGCUGGCUGCCGUGGUGGCCUCUUCACGUUGUCCAUCUCCAGAAUGAUCAUUCGGAUCCGUGGCUUGCUCUUCUCUUCACUGGUGCAGCAGGACCUGGCUUUCUUCCAGGAGGUGAAAACAGGAGAUCUGACCUCUCGCCUCUCCAAAGACACAACCAUGAUGAGCGAUGCAGUGCCGCUCAAUGCCAACGUCUUUCUGCGCAGCCUGUUCAAGGUCAUUGGGCUGUAUGCAUUUAUGCUUCGUCUGUCAUGGCGCCUUACAGUGCUGACGUCCAUUGAGGUGCCAAUCAUGCUGGCUGCCCAGAAGUUCUAUGAUGUCCGUCACAAGCGUUUGCUGCAGGCAAUCCAGGACUCCAUAGCAUGCUCUGGAGAAGUGGUGCGUGAAACAGUUUCUUCAAUUGAGACGGUGCGCAGCUUUGCUACAGAGGGAGAGGAAUCGCAGCGCUAUGAUGCAAACUUGAAUAAGACCCACCAACUCAAGAACCAGAAAGAUAUGGAGAGGGCUUUCUAUUUGCUCAUCCGACGACUGCUUCACUUGGGCCUGAAGCUGAUCAUGCUUUACUGCGGGUACCAGCAGAUCCUUACCGGCCUCGUGACCAAAGGGAACUUGGUUUCCUUCAUCCUGUAUCAGAUGGAAGUGGGCAUAUAUGUACAGACCCUGAUGUACAUGUAUGGAGAUGUGCUGAGCAAUGUGGGUGCUGCAAAAAAGGUCUUUGAGUACCUUUACCGACAGCCAGCAAUUUACACAGAGGGGAUAUGGGCUCCAAAAUUCCUCGAAGGACAUGUCUCAUUCAGAAGCGUUUUCUUUGCUUAUCCUUCCCGACCCGAAAUCCAGGUCUUACAGAACGUCUGCUUAGAGCUCUGCCCGGGAGAAGUGACCGCUCUUGUGGGCCUGAAUGGAAGUGGCAAGAGCACCUGUGUGGCCCUCUUGAAGCAUUUCUUUGAGAUCGAGGAAGGGGAGAUUGUGCUGGAUGGGACCCCGAUCCAGGAGUAUGAGCACAAAUAUUUCCACAGGCGGGUGGCACUUGUGAAUCAGGAGCCUGUCCUCUUCUCUGGGUCCAUCUGGGAUAAUAUUACCUAUGGGAUGGAGGGCUGUACCAAAGAAGAAGUGGUUGCUGCAGCAGAAGAAGCCAAUGCACUGGGAUUCAUCAGUGAGCUGGAAGGCGGGUUCAAUGCAGAUGUAGGGGAGAAGGGAGGCCAGCUGUCUGCCGGGCAGAAGCAGCGUCUGGCAAUUGCCCGGGCCCUGAUCCGGAAACCAAAGGUCUUGAUACUGGAUGAAGCCACAAGUGCCCUGGAUGUGGAAAGUGAAGCUGCGAUCCAGCAGUCCUUGCUGAAGCGCCGUUCCCGGACAGUGCUGGUGAUCGCUCACAGGAUGCAGACAGUGGAGAAUGCGGCCAAGAUUGUGGUGCUGCAAGGCGGGCAGGUUGUUGAGGAAGGGACCCAUGCCCAGCUGAUGGAGGAGAAGGGCCCCUAUUACCGACUGGUGCAAAGGAGUCAGGCAGAGCGGCUUUUGGAGUGAUGGGCGCACGGUUUGGCCCACUUGGGAAUAGAGGAUGUGGUUUUAUAAAAUGAAUCAAAAUAACUGGAUGACCCCCUUUGAAUGCCACAUUCCAGUUUAGAAGGUCAAGUCGUUAUUGAGCCCACUUUGUAAAGAGCAAGUGAUUGAAAGGGAGAAAGUGGAUUGCACAGCACCCACUAACCACAAAUUAAAUGAAUUGUCACCAGCUAGGAUAGUGGAUAUUGGUUGCCAAAGUGUGAGAUUUGAAAGGGGUGUCAGAAAGGUAUUCAAUGGGAAGGGUACUUUUUAUCUCCAAAAACCAUUCAAGAAUUCUGUGACAUUUUAAAAAAAUCUAGUUACUUAGGAACUUCACUGGAGGAAUGUAAGCAGCAUCUUUCUAAGUCUAGAGGAAAAACUUGAUUCUGGAAGACUCGGAUCCCAAUCUCAAGCAGCCCCUUGCUUGGGGUGAUAUGCAUCAGGCGAACCAUCUCCUUGUGUAAAUGUGGAGCCAGAUGCCCUUCCCGCAUUCCAUUCCUCGGUUCUGUGUCCCUGAUGUAUGUACUUGAAGGCUGGCCAAGGUAGCUGGGGUUCCGGCCCUCCAUGGCCUAGUCUUGUGAUAAUUGGAAAGUAGCAUUUUGUAAAAGAAAGUGAGUAAUGUGACUUCUCUUUCAUGUGUGAAAUCUUGGUUUGAUGUGUGUGGGCAAGUUGCACAGUGAUGCUUCCCAGGAAAAUUCCCUAUUUAAAAAAGUACCAGUCUUGAAAAUGUAAAUUAAAUGAAUGAGUAACUGC